UGCAGAAAACAAAAUCUGAUCAUCCUGUUAUUUGCAUUUCUCACGUUGGUCCUCUACGGAAGUCACAUCUACUUGUUCGAGACAUCACAGUUUCGUAGGAAAUUUUCAUCACAAUUUCCAUAUUUUACGCGUGAGGUUAUCAAUCCACACACAUUUGAGUAUGUCAUUCAACCAAGAGUGAAUUGUUCGGGUCAGAAAGUUGAACUGGUGAUCUGCACUUGGGGUAGCUAUGCCAAGGAUCCCAACAAUAAAGCUGUCUUGUUGUUUUUUAUUGGAUCUGAGAAUGGAGAACUGGAUACAGCAAGUAGAUUGGUCAGACAAUCUAAACUGCAGGAAGAGGCUUCAACCUUUGGUGAUAUCGUUCAAGAAAACUACUUGGACAGUUACAGAAACCUGACUUUGAAGUCUGUGUCCAUUCUAAGAUGGGUGAACUUAUUUUGCCCCAAUACUAAAUAUAUUCUGAAGGUAGAUGACGAUGUUUAUAUGAAUAUUCCUUUUUUGAUGUCAUCAUUGGAUGAAUUCAUAGUUGCGUCAUCUCCUCCAAGUGCUUUUAUUAUUGGUUGUUCGCGCCCUAUUCCGUUCCCAGAAAGAGAUCCAACAUCUAAAUGGUACACUCCGUUCUCUGUCUAUGGAGAAUUGUUAUUUCCACGCUACGUUCAUGGCCUAGCGUACGUGAUGACAAGUGAAGCUGGCACGCUUAUUUACGAAGCAUCUCUGAGAGUGACGAGAUUUUGGCUGGAAGAUAUCUAUAUUACUGGAAUGUGUGCUAGAGAGGCUCAUGUCCCAGUCUAUCAUAGUAAAUAUUUUCAUCUGGUUAAGCUUGUGGCCUCUGGCUGUUCAUUUAGAAACAUGGUAUGCAGCCAUAGUUACUCACAAGAGGAGAUUGUAAAAAUUCACACAGAGCUGAACGAUACAAAUCUCAUGUGUUGA